CCGCAGCCCGCGCCUCCCCGCCCGCCCUUCCUCCCGCCCGCGCCGCGCAGCUCGCCGCCGCAGCCCCCGGACCCGGAGGAUUAUGAGCGAGCCAUGAGGCGGCUGCGGCGCUGGGCGUUCGCGGCGCUGCUGCUGCUGCUGCCGCUGCUCCCCUCGCCCGGUGUGGGGACCCGGGGUCCCGCCGGAGCUCUGCGCUGGAGGGUCUCUCCCCCGUUGGGGGGCCUGGAAGCCCCGGAGGUCACAGAGCCCAGCCGUCUGGUGGGGGAGAGCUCCGGGGGAGAGGUCCGAAAGCAGCAGUUGGACACCAGGGUCCGCCAGGAGCCUCCUGGUGGCCCGCCUGUCCACCUGGCCCAGGUGAGUUUCGUCAUCCCAGCCUUCAACUCAAACUUCACUCUGGACCUGGAGCUGAACCAUCACCUUCUCUCUUCGCAAUAUGUGGAGCGCCACUUCAGCCGGGAGGGGCCCACCCAGCACAGCACCGGGGCUGGAGACCACUGCUACUACCAGGGGAGGCUCCGAGGGAACCCGAACUCCUUUGCUGCCCUCUCCACCUGCCAGGGGCUGCACGGGGUCUUCUCUGACGGGAACUUCACCUACAUCAUGGAGCCCCACGAGGUGGCCAGGCCUCAGGAAACCCUCCAGGGACCCCUUCCCCACCUCAUUUACCGGACCCCUCUCCUCCCAGCCCCCCUCGGAUGCAGGGAACCAGGCUGCCUGUUUGCUGCCCCUGCCCAUUCUGCUUCUCCGAACCGACCAAGGCUGAGAAGGAAAAGGCAGGUCCGCAGGGGCCACCCUACAGUGCACAGUGAGACCAAGUAUGUGGAGCUGAUUGUGAUCAACGACCACCAGCUGUUUGAGCAGAUGCGACAGUCGGUGGUCCUCACCAGCAACUUUGCCAAGUCCGUGGUGAACCUGGCAGAUGUGAUGUACAAGGAACAGCUGAAUACCCGCAUCGUGCUGGUUGCCAUGGAAACGUGGGCAGAUGGGGACAAGAUCCAGGUGCAGGAUGACCUCCUGGAGACCCUGGCCCGGCUCAUGGUCUACCGGCGGGAGGGCCUGCCUGAGCCCAGUGAUGCCACCCACCUCUUCUCGGGCAGAACUUUCCAGAGCACCAGCAGUGGCGCUGCCUACGUGGGGGGCAUCUGCUCGCUGUCCAGGGGUGGGGGUGUGAACGAGUAUGACAACAUGGGGGCCAUGGCGGUGACCUUGGCCCAGACGCUGGGGCAGAACCUGGGCAUGAUGUGGAAUAAACACCGGAGCUCGGCAGGGGACUGCAAAUGUCCGGACAACUGGCUGGGUUGCAUCAUGGAGGACACUGGGUUCUACCUACCCCGCAAGUUCUCGCGCUGUAGCAUCGACGAGUAUAACCAGUUUCUGCAGGAGGGCGGCGGGAGCUGCCUCUUCAACAAGCCCCUCAAGCUCCUGGACCCGCCUGAGUGCGGGAACGGCUUCGUGGAGGCGGGGGAGGAGUGCGACUGCGGCUCGGUGCAGGAGUGCAGCCGCGCGGGCGGGAACUGUUGCAAGAAAUGCACCCUGACUCACGACGCCAUGUGCAGCGACGGGCUCUGCUGUCGCCGCUGCAAGUACGAGCCGCGGGGUGUGUCCUGUCGAGAGGCCGUGAACGAAUGCGACAUCGCGGAGACCUGCACCGGGGACUCGAGCCAGUGUCCCCCCAACCUGCACAAGCUGGAUGGUUACUACUGUGAUCACGAACAGGGCCGCUGCUACGGAGGUCGCUGCAAAACCCGGGACCGGCAGUGCCAGGCCCUUUGGGGCCAUGCGGCUGCUGAUCGCUUCUGUUACGAGAAGCUGAACGUGGAGGGGACAGAACGUGGGAACUGUGGGCGCAAGGGGUCAGGCUGGGUCCAGUGCAAUAAACAGGAUGUGCUCUGUGGCUUCCUCCUCUGUGUCAACAUUUCUGGAGCUCCUCGGCUGGGGGACUUAGGGGGAGACAUCAGCAGCGUCACUUUCUACCACCAGGGCAAGGAGCUGGACUGCAGGGGUGGCCACGUGCAGCUGGCCGAUGGUUCAGACCUGAGCUACGUAGAGGACGGCACAGCCUGCGGGCCCAACAUGCUGUGCCUGGACCAUCGCUGCCUGCCAGCCUCUGCCUUCAACUUCAGCACCUGCCCUGGCAGCGGGGAGCACCGGAUCUGCUCCCACCACGGGGUCUGCAGCAAUGAAGGGAAAUGCAUCUGUCAGCCAGACUGGACGGGCAAGGACUGCAGUAUCCACAACCCCCUGCCCACGUCUCUGCCCACAGGGGAGACGGAGAGAUAUAAGGGUCCCAGCGGCACCAACAUCAUCAUCGGCUCCAUCGCCGGGGCUGUCCUGGUUGCAGCCAUCGUCCUGGGCGGCACAGGCUGGGGAUUUAAAAACAUCCGCCGAGGAAGGUAUGACCCGACCCAGCAGGGGGCAGUGUGACGCCGGCCACGCCAUCCCUCCCGCUGUCCCUGUCUCCUCCAUCUCAUUCGUCACCUCGCAUUCUGUGGAUGGGGAGCUGGGGCUGGUUCCUCCACCCUUGCUGUCACUGCUGUCACUACAGGGGUGGGAGAACCCCACUCCAGGAAGUGUCCUCGACUUGCCCCUUGCCCCUUCCUCCAGUCCAUCCACCCCCUCAGGCCUUGGUCGUUUAACUCCUGCCCUUCCUACGGCCAGACCACCUCUGGCCCCGUGGACCCUGGAGCUGUGCCCCCGCCCACACAGGCCCUAACCCCUGGGAAGGGAGCCUACCUCUGCGUCCCAUCUGUUUUGUCUUUCAUGUCACCGCUGUCUGACCUCCCGCCAGAUCCCCUCCCUGACCAGCCUGUGACUUGCUGUCUCCAGGGCCCAGCACUGACCUCCCAGGGCCCAGCUCGAGGGCUCUCCUGGGCCCUGCCUUAUAUCCUCCCCUGAUGCCCCCUCUCCAUUCCAGGUCUGGAGGAGCCUAAGUGCCCUCCCACUCCCUCCGAGCCUGGCGUCCACCAUCUCGGCCCUGAACCAGGAGUCUGCCCCCGCCCAGCCACGGAGGGAGGCAUCAAGCAAAUGUCUUGCGGGCUCAGCCCUUCAACCCCCGGCCCUACAGGGGCUUGGGGCCGGGUUGUGGCCCCGCCCUCACACCACCAGGGUGGACCAGGCCUGCAAGGCAUUUCCCCCAUGGUCCCCCACCCCACCUCAUGCAGCUUUGGCCUUGCACACCAACCCUCCCUGUGUGAAUGUACCUUCCAUCAUCACAGAUUGCCACAGCUCAAGUUGGGUGGGGGGAGGACUAGAGGGGUGCCCCAGUGGGGCAGGCAGCCACCAGUGGGCAUGGCCUGGGAUGGCCCCUCCUCAAAACCUGGCAGCUGGGACCAGGCAGGGUUUAAGCUCUCUGGGACCUAGUGGGAGAGGGCUGACAUCUACAUUCUUUUUUUUUUUUUUUUUUACUGA